AUUCCUGGUCCCUUCAUCACCCGGUUCUCCAAACUCCCUCUUCUGUACAAAACCAUUACCUUGAACCGCACUAGAUACAUCCACGACUUGCACCAGAAGUAUGGCCCCAUUGUUCGCCUGGCCCCUGAUGAGAUCUCCGUCAACGACCCACCGUCCGUGGGCCCAGUCUACAACUACGAGAAGACGCACUUCUACAAUGCCUUUGAGGCCUUUGGAGCCAAGAACAUGUUCAGCACUCCAGACCGGAGGAACCACAGCGGCAGGAGAAAGAACCUAGGCGCCGAAUACACCAGGACGUAUAUCCUGCGGCCAGAGCACCUGUCCGUCAUCUACGACCGAGCUCGACAGAUGAUGGCUUCGAUCAAGGACAACUCCACUGUCGACGUCUUCUACCUUUUCAACUACCUCGCCCAAGACGUGAUCUCUGGAUUCUUCUUUGGUGACAAGAACGGCAGCCACCUUCUCCUCGGUGAAGACACCUCCGUCUUCAACUCCUGGCACAGACGCCGCCAUACCUUCCACUGGCUCGCCGAACUCCCCAAUGUCACGCAGCUCAUCUACCGCACCGGCCUCGCCCGCUUAAUUCCCGGUUUCCAAAUUGCCGUCCGGGGUGAGCGCGAAGUCAACGAGAUGAUCGUCAAAUGGAUAGACAGAUGCGACCCUGACAAAGCCCAUCUUCUCACCAAGCUCGUCUCCACCGGCAUGCCACGCCCAGAAAUCGCCGCCGAAGUCAUGGACCACAUGGGAGCGGGUCAUGAAACUACCGGAACGACGUUGACUUUCAUGAUUGACCACCUGUCCAAGAACCCCGAGCAGCAAGCGAAGCUCCACGCCGAACUGCAGAACGUCGACCUCAAUGACUUCGCUGCUGUUGACAAGCUGCCCUACCUCCACGGCGUCGUGCUCGAGACUCUGCGUCUGUACUCAUCCAUCCCGGCCUCUGAACCCCGUGUUAUCCCCGUCGGCGGCGCCCGCAUUCUCGACAAGAACAUCCCUGCUGGUACCGUCAUCUCCGCCCAGCCAUACUCGAUGCACCGCGAACCAGCCUACUUCCAGGCGCCACUUGCCUUCAUCCCUGAGCGCUGGAACAACCCGACGCCGGAGGCGAAGACGGCAUGGAUGGCGUUUGGAAAGGGUACCCGAGGCUGCAUUGGCCAGAACAUCGCGAUGGUGACGAUCAAGGUAGCGGUCAGCCAUCUGUACAAGACCUUCGAGACG